AUGUUUUUUCUUCUGCUGUUUUUCACAAUUAUCGGAAGUCUUGAAAGUGGAAAAAUUUUGGUGUACAGUCCUUCAAUUAGUCGAAGUCAUUUGAUAUCAAAUGGUCGAAUUGCGGAUACUUUAGUUGAUGCUGGACAUGAAGUUGUUGUGUUGAUUUUGGAAUAUGAGACAUUGACUGAGUUUACGGGAACAAAAAAAGCAAAAGUUAUCAAAAUGACAAAUAUUAGUGAGUUUUUUUUCAAAACUUUAAAAUUUUAAGUUUUACUAAUUUUAGUUUGAGAAAAAAAUUCUGAUAUUGUUUUCUGUAUUCUAAUAAAACUAUUUCAGGUUCUCAAUUCAUGGAUGAUAUGGCUGGAAGUGAUGAAUAUAUGCUUUCAAAUGAUCGUCUUGGAUUCGUCGAACGUGCUUAUUUUGAAUAUUCAGCUUCUAGUAUGUGCGCAGCUCUUAUGAAAAGAAGAAAUGAACUUGAACACCUUCGAGAUUACAAAUUUGAUGUUGCUUUUAGUGAACAAAUUGAUCUCUGUGGUGUUGGAGUGAUUCGAUAUUUAGGAAUCCAAAAUCAUCUUUGGAUUUCAACAACACCAAUUAUGGAUGCAAUUAGUUAUAAUCUUGGAAUACCAGCGCCAACUUCGUAUGUUCCAACAAUUGAAGAAAAUGAUAAUGGAGAUCAAAUGAAUUUUUGGCAACGAAUUUUUAAUAUUUAUAUGUAUAUUGGAUCAAUUAUUGUUCAUCGAUAUGGAACUGAUCGAAUCACUGCAGUAUUUCAAGAAUAUGUUCCUGAUUUUCCAAAUGUUCGAGAAAUUGCUGCCAAUUCAUCUUUAUGCUUUGUGAAUUCUGAUGAAAUAUUAGAUCUUCCUCGACCCACAAUUUCAAAAACAAUAUUCGUUGGGGGACUUGGUGUUCCAAAAGAAGUCAAACCAUUAGAUUCUAAAUUCAAUGAGAUUAUGUCAAAAGGAAAAAAUGGAGUAGUUAUAAUAUCUCUUGGAUCAAUUAUUCCAUUUGGAUCACUUCCAAAUCAUGCAAAAAUUGGAGUUUUGAAAGCAAUCAAAGAAUUGGAAGAUUAUCAUUUUUUGAUAAAAAUCAGUAAAGGUAAUUUUGAUUUGUAAAAAAAUCAGAACAAAAAUAAAUUUUCCAGAAGACACUACUACUCUUGAAUUAAUAAACCAACUUCAAAUCAAAAACAUUGAUCUGACACAUUGGCUUCCUCAAGUUGAUAUUUUGGCACAUGAAAGACUUAAAUUAUUUGUGAUGCACGGAGGAAUCAAUGGUUUGGUUGAGACUGCACUUCGAGCUGUUCCAACAGUUAUUGUUCCAGUUUUUGCUGAUCAAUUUAGAAAUGGUCGAAUGGUUGAAAAACGUGGAAUUGGAAAAGUUUUAUUGAAAUUGGAUAUUGGAUAUGAAUCAUUCAAAAAAGUUGUUUUAGAAGUUUUAGAAGACGAAAGGUGAGGAUUCUGACAUGAGCAUAUAUGAAGUCGAUAUUUUCUAAAACAAUUUCUCGAGAUUUUCAGCUAUAAGCAAAACGCGAUUCGAAUUGCUCAAAUGAUGCGAGACAAACCGUUUUCACCCGAAGAAAGACUUGUGAAAUGGACAGAAUUUGCAAUUGAAAACGGAGUUCUUGAAGAAUUACACGUUGAAGGUUCUCGGCUAAACACAAUUGUAUAUUUCAAUUUAGAUGUAUUUGCUUUCAUUUUCCUUGUUAUUUUCAUAAUUUCCAAAAUUAUCGUGUAUAUUGUUUGCGGGUUGAAAACGAAAUUCAAUGUUACUCCAAGUAAAAAACUGAAUUAA